AUGUCGCCGUUCUCAUUUCCACGAGUCCAGCAGUUGGGCGUGGCGUGGGCCUCAUUCACGUUGAUGCUGCUUCAGCUGAUCGUUCUCGCUACCGCACAAUUGUCAGACAACUCUGAACUGCCGGCUAUUCCUAACCGUUCAACUGUCGCCCAUGUCGAUCUUAGCAAAUUCGGCGCUAAUGACGAACAGAAGCUGUUCCGAUACCUUCUGCAGGACUACGACAAAGCUGUACGACCGGUUCUUUAA